UGAUGGACCACCAAUCAUAUCAAAGUGAGGAGCAUCUGUUCGAUGCUAAGAUGACCAAGGAAUCUGCCUUCCCACAUGCCAAAAUAGUGUCUAAAAGGCAAAAAGCGAUCUCUAACAAAGAAGAUUCAGGAAGCGAUACAGAAACAGAUCAAGAAAGCAUGUUCUUGUUUAGUUCUUCCCUCAAGGUCGGCUCUAACUUCUUACAAUUGAUAGUCGACGAUGAUCCAACCUCAGAUGUUGUACUGAUCGGGCCUGAUAUUGAAAGCGAUAAUCAAGAAGAUUACUGCGGAUUCUUUGGACUCAAGAACGUAACUUCUGAAGGAGUAAACCCUAGCAAUAACACAAUAGUUGCUUUUUAUGCUUUCAGUAACUUCUCUGUUGGCGGAGAGGAAAACUACAAUAUUCAUCCAAAAUGAGGCUUUCUAAAGCCUUCUCAGUCCGUCCUUAUCACAGUGAGUAAAAAGGUGCAUGAUGCAGAGCACUUUGAAGAUCUUUCUAGAAUCGAAGACCUCAUUUUCGUUAAGGCUUUGCCUCUUAACGAAAAUGAGGUGAAUGAGGAUAACCUGACAGACUACCAAGACCUUGAAGAAGUUUUUCACAGUUUCAAUAUUGAUCUGAUGUUCACGCUAGAGACAAUGUCGACCAAAUUUGUGCAAGAUUCUGUUAGACAACCAGAGGUGGAACAAAUCGGCUACGUAUUAGCCUCUAAGCCCCAAUUUGGCAAUAAAAACUCCUACAAAGAACAAAGCUUAAGGACUAAUGAUGAUGAAGAAGAAGAGAAAGAGGUAUCCCCCAUUUUCAAAGAGAGUUCUUCUCCUAGGCUAAUCCUAUCUGGGCCAGGUCAGAUUAGGAACAAGAAAGCAUCUAGGAUUAAAGAAUACACUGAAGGAGAAAGUCAUGACCAAGUCAAGACCUCUGCUCCUCUGAUCGAAGACCAAUCACAGUCUGAGCAGAGUUCCAAGGUUACUAAAAAGGAAGAAAUUAAAGAGAAAGCUGAAGAAGUAUCAGAAUCAUACAAAAGAGAAACUUUUGGUAUUGCUAACCAGGGUCCAUCAAUGAACCAACAAGUUGGGAGAAUAGAGCAAAAGGUGGAACCUGAUAAGGAGAGCAUCCAUAUCUCCAGACAUGGAAAUUCCAGCAGGCAUGAAGGACACACUUCUCAAAAAUCUCUGAUUCAGAAAUCCCUCGAUGCCUCUAAUAAUAGCCAAACAAGAUCAUUUAUUAAGAAAAACACUUUGAUGGACGAAACUCUUGAGUCAGGUCAAAAAUCUAUUCGCAAAGAUAGUGAUACUGCGAGUCUCCAGAAGAGCAGUGCUCUUCUGGAGAAAUCUCAGAUCAAGGAUCUUGACGAUAGCCAGACUGGGAUCCUCGAGGGACAAGAAAGUGGCUAUAUUGAAGAUAAGAAGGAUACUCAUGAUAGAAGGGAAGAAAACACUAAGACUGGUUUCUUCGCAUCUAAUGAAUCCAAGCCAGAAUCACCACCAAACAAAGAGGACAGCAUUGAGAAUCUUCAGAAUAAGGAAGGAUCAGACUGGAAUGCUCCAGAUGAAAUACAAAGGAAAGGGACGAUCUAUGAUAACAACCACUAUGAUAAAAUGGCUGAAACCCUCAAAGAGGUAGAUGUCAGUGACCAACAGGACGAUAAGUUUGAAGAAAUUAUGAGAGCAGAAAGCAUGAACAUAAAACUAGGUCAGUUUGACAAAGUAUCCAGCAGUUUUGUCAAUAAGCUGCCUGUCAUGAAAGAGACUCAUGAAAGAGAAGAGCAGGAUCAGAGUGAGGCAAGCGUGCCUUCUGAAUUUAGGUCCCAAAAGUCUACGUAA